UUUCCGUCCGCCCUGAUCCAGGUGCCGGCCGCCGCCGCUCAUCCCUCCGCCGUCCCUGCGGCCACGCGCAGCUCUCGGCGCCAUGGACCCGGCGCUGGCCGCGCAGAUAAGCGAGGCGGUGGCCGAGAAGGUGCUCCAGUACCGGCGAGACAAGUCAGGCUGGAAGAUCUGCCGGGAAGGCAACGGAGUUUCAGUUUCCUGGAGGCCAUCUGUGGAGUUUCCAGGGAAUCUGUACCGAGGAGAAGGCGUUGUGAACGGGACACCAGAGAAGGUGUGGGACUGCAUAAAGCCAGUUGCUGGGAGCCUAAGAGAGCAGUGGGAUGAAAAUGUGUCCCGUUUUGAAAUUAUCCAAAGCAUCACUGAUGCAGGUCGUUUUAGGAAGAAGGACAUGGGUGUGGCGUCGUCUGGACAUUGGUCCCCAGUGUGCCCACUGGAAAGCGCUCAAGUGCUCCUGGGAUCACACGCCCACCUUGAAGACUCGGACCCCAAGGUCAAAAGCUUCUCGGCAACACACGGUGCCACGAGUCUUAAUACCCAAAGGGAGAAGACAGAGAGAGACUUUUUCCAGUCCCUCCUCGCCCGCCACCAGGCGUCUCCCAGGCCUGUCCCGGCUGCGGGCCUGACUUGUGCUUCUCCACUGUGACCUUGAGAGAGCGGGGGCCCUGCUGGGGGGGUGGGGAACGGGUAAAGCACAGGACAGGUUUGCGGUGUCUUGGCUUACAAAGUGGGAAAGUGGACUUGGGAUAUUCUGAGAUGUGAGGUUCAAGGGGUGCUCCCCCCAGGACCGGGACUAGGGGAAAGCAGAAAGCUGCCCAGGACACACAUUUAAGGAGGUACUGCUCGCAGGGCUGGGCAAGCGCAGGGUCAGCCUUAGAAAGGAGUGGCCUCUCUUGCCUUGCCCUUGGCCUGGCCCUCUUCAAAUCAUGUCUCCGCCACUAGCUUUAGGGUGAAUCCCUUCAUCUCUCCAAGCCUCAGUUUCCUCACCUAUCGCAUGGGUUAAAGGUACCUAUGUCUCACAAUGUGAGGGACAACAGAGCUUUGUCCAGCCAGGCUCUUACCAGCUGCUCAAUCAGUGGCAGCUCCUGUGAUCUUUUGAGACAGAAGCUCAGAAUGGCCUCAUCAGCCAUGGGCAGCCAUGUCACAGCCGUAGGUUUUACAACCGGGUGUAUUGCAGUGACAUGGAGGCUGCACUCUAGACCCUCCAGUUCACAGCGCCCUCCUGCUGUCUAUGCUAUUCGCGUGUUCCAGACCCUGGAGUAUAGGCAGGGGUUGAUGAGCGCAAAGUGGGGUAGUGGUGGGAGAAGAUGCCUGGCCAUCAGAUGCACCUGGACUCCCCUUUGCUU